AUGGCUCUGCACAUUAACAAAGCUCAAAAGCCAUUUAAGAGGGACCUCAGGAUUACUCUCUUCUUUGCUCAGAUUACUAACACAGGACAAUUCAUCAAUACCGUCAAAAUGCAUCUUAUGUACACCCUCGACACCGCUGGCAAGCGUGUUUACACCCUGAAGAAGGUCCUGAACGGCGAGGUCACCAAGUCUGCCCACCCUGCUCGCUUCUCUCCCGAUGACAAGUACUCUCGUCACCGUGUCACCCUGAAGAAGCGUUACAACCUUCUCCUCACCCAGCAGACCGAGACCCCCGUUAAGGCUUAG